AUGGGGAAGCUGCUUCCUUUUAUGUUUGUCUUAUUUCUUGUGAUGCUUUCUAUCCUCUUCUGCAGUUUGACAGAAACAAACUGCUUUUGGAGAAUAAAGGAAAGCACAGAAAAUGCAGGAGAUAUGUGGAAGGAUUGUAGUUUUGAAAUUGUGAUAUCACCAGAGCCUAGGAGAGAAAAACACUUAAAGAAAAAGCUUUCCCGUUUGCCAGUCAAAAAAUAUCAAUAUAUUCUGACACUGAUUUUUGCCACUGAGGAGAUCAACAGGAAUCCCAAUCUUUUACCCAACAUGUCCAUGGGAUUUGAGUUGUUUCAUUCCAAGUGUGAUGAUUCAUUGAAAAUUAUCCCUUAUCUAAGUUGGAUAGCAAAGAAACAUUACUGGGUUCCUAAUUAUAGGUGUAGACAACAUUCAUGUUAUAUACUACUUACAGGACCCACGUGGGCAGCAAGUAGCAAAAUUGGGACAUUUCUGAAGCUCUUUGAAUUUGCACAGAUUCAUUAUGGUCUGUUUCAUCCUACUCUGAGUGACCCUUAUCAGAAUCCUCAUCUGUAUCAGAUUGCCCCCAAGGACACAAGACUGGCUUUUGCCAUAGUCUCCUUAAUGCUUCAUUUCAACUGGACCUGGGUGGGUUUGGUCAUCUCUGAUGAUGACCAAGGUAUUCAAUUUCUCUCAGACUUGAGAGAAAAGAUGCAAGGAACUCAAGUCUGUUUAGCCUUUGUGAAUGUGAUCCCAUUAAACAUGGAGUUAUACAAUUCAAGGGCUGAGAUAUAUUACAAAGAAAUUGUGACACAUUUGACAAAUGUUGUGAUCAUUUAUGGUGAAGGUAAUUCCACGCUAGAGGUGAGCUUCAGGAGAUGGGCACAUUUAGGCAUCCAGAGGAUCUGGGUCACUACUUCACAGUGGGAUGUCAUCACCAAUAUGAGAAGAGACUUCAUUCCUGACUCAUUCCAUGGGGGUUUCACUUUUUCUAACCACCAUCAUGAGAUUCCCAAUUUUAAAAAAUUUAUCCAGACACUGAACACUACCACAUAUCCAAUAGACAUUUCUUUGAUGAGGUCAGAAUGGAUGUACUUUAAUUGCUCAGACUUAGAAUCUAAACAUAGAAUACAGAGUAUGUAUUCACCCAAUACCUCAUUAGAAUGGUAUGCAGGUCAAGGAUUUGAGAUGGCCAUGAAUGAUGACAAUUAUAAUCUAUACAAUGCUGUGUACGCUUUGGCAUAUGCCCGCCAUAAAUUUGUUUUUCAACAGGUAGAUAUUCAGCCAAUGGCACACCAACGCCCAGUUGACUGCCCAAAGGUACGUAGUGUCAUCAAUAACAUGCAAUUUAUUAACCCUGUUGGAGACCUAGUGAUUAUUAAUGAGAAAUUAAAAUUUGAUGCAGACUAUGAUAUUCUCCACAUUUGGAAUUUUCAACAAGGUCUUGGAAUAAAGGUGAAAAUAGGACAGUUUUCUUCAUAUCUGCCCCUUGGUCAGCAAUUGCAUUUGUCGGAUGAGACAACCGAGUGGGCCACUGGGAGCAGGCAGAUUCCCUCCUCUGUGUGCAGUGAGCCUUGCAGGCCUGGUUUCAGGAAGUUUCGACAGGAGGGAAAGGCAGCCUGCUGCUUUGAUUGUUCCCUCUGCCCAGAAAAUGAGGUUUCUAACAAAACGGAUAUGGAUCAAUGUGUGAAAUGCUCAUUUGAUCAGUAUGCCAACAAAGAGCAAACUCACUGCCUCCAAAAAACUGUGAUGUUUCUGGCUUAUGAAGACCCCUUGGGGAUGGCUCUGGCUUGCUUGGCCCUGUCCUUCUCUGCACUCACUGCUCUUGUUCUUGGGGUUUUCGUGAAGCACCAAGACACACCGAUUGUGAAGGCCAAUAAUCGAGCAAACAGCUACAUCCUGCUCAUCUUCCUCAAGUUUUGUUUCCUCUGUUCAUUACUCUUCAUUGGACAUCCCAACACAGCCAAGUGCAUCCUGCAACAGAUCACAUUUGCAGUUCUGUUCACUGUGGCUGUGUCCACCGUCUUGGCCAAAACAAUUACUGUGGUUCUGGCCUUCAAGGUCACUGAUCCAGGAAGAAAGAUGAGGAGGCUGCUGGUAUCUGGAGCACCUAACUUCAUCAUUCCCAUCUGUACCUUCAUCCAACUUGUUCUCUGUGGUCUCUGGCUGGGAACAUCCCCUCCCUUUGUGGACACUGAUGCACACUCGGAACUCGGCCACAUCAUCAUUGUGUGCAACAAAGGCUCAGUCACUGCCUUCUACUGUGUCCUGGGAUACCUGGGAUCUCUGGCUGUAGGGAGCUUCAGUGUGGCUUUCCUGGCCAGAAACCUGCCUGACACGUUCAAUGAAGCCAAGUUCCUGACCUUCAGCAUGCUGGUGUUCUGCAGUGUCUGGGUCACCUUCCUCCCUGUCUACCACAGCACCAAGGGGAAGGCCAUGGUGACAGUGGAGGUCUUCUGUGUAUUGGCCUCCAGUGCAGGCUUGCUAGGUUGCAUCUUUUUCCCCAAGUGCUACAUCAUUUUAUUAAGACCCAGUAGAAAUUCCCUUCAGAGGAUUAAUAAAAAAACAUAUUCUAGAAAGGAAAUUCUCCUCCAGAGCACUUUUAGAAACCUUGAGAUCAUGUUCUUUUCAUCCAAAUGGCUUGUUGACAUUAGUCUGGGACCAAAUGUGUUCAGGAGCUUUUCCCAGUGGCAUCCAUCCCUGGAUAUGCAUGAAACCACAGCACCUGAAACAAGAGAUGAUCUUCAAAACAUGUUUUUCAAUGUGUAUUUUUUGACCUUGAUGUAG